AUGCUCCUGAAAGCUGCUUGCCUGCUCCUCUCCUGCCUCUUCCUCUGUUCAGCAGAUCAGUAUCAGCAGGAGGCAGAGAGAAUCAUGACAACAUCACCUGUGAUAGAUGGGUAAGACCACACUUCCUUCCUAUGCCUUCUGGGGGAAGGGCCAUACAGAAGAUCUCGUGGUCAAUCCAAGCAGGGCUGGGGAAGGAUCCUGCCUGAAACCCUGGGGGAACUGUUGCCAGUCAGGGUGGACAGAACUGAGCUAAAUGGACCAAUGGCCUGACUCAGGAGAAGGUAGCUUCCUAUGUUCCUAAUUAGGGUUCAAGGCAGGCUCAGCAUGUGGCCAGAGGGGUCAUUUAGGCCUCAGGAAAGGUACACCCUGAGGUGAGACACUUCAGGCUGCCCUUUGGACAAUGGUGGGUUCCUCCAGAUCUUCAGUUGUGGGGAGGUUCUCCAUGGGGUCCCAAGCCUCUUACUCCAAAGAGGUCUUCCCAGAGUCUGGAUCAGAUGGGAUACUGUCACCAACCCUCUUUGCAUUUUCAAGGGCCUUUUGAAAUAUCACGGAAGGGCUGGUUCACACAUUGUCCUCCAGAAAUACCUUGUUGUAAAAGCAGUAACCCUGCGGAAGGAAGGAUGCAGAAGGUGCCUGAACUGGGAAGGUCCAGAAGGGAAUGACUCCCAGGCUUUUAGGGCACUGACCUGGAGGUUUGGGCUUAAUAGCAGCUGUAGAAGCUGUUCUCCAAGUUAAUCAUUAGCAGGCAAAUGGGCAAAUUACUGCCCUUUGGUGCCAUUCAAACCUGUCAUUCUCUCUGGAAUAAGAACAAUAAGUACAGCCAGGUAGCCUUGCAAUUAUGAAAUUAAGAGCUCUUGCCUCUCUGCCAGGCCAAGCCCUCUGAGAUAUUGGCACAUCUCAGAGGCCUCAGCCUGCUGCUUUCUGAUUCCAAAAAUUCUGCCAUAUAGGACACAGUGCCAGGGAAUGUGGUGGUGGUGCUGCUGUUGCUGUUUAAAAUUGACUUAGGCAAAGGAGCAUCUGAGCAUAUGCAGGGCAAUUCUCCCAUCUUGAGAAUAUCCAGUUUGGGUGCUACCAUGUUUAUUGAGAGAAAGCUCUCAAUGGCUACUAGACACAAUGGUUUUGGUCUUCUUCCAAUGUCAGAGCAAUAUGCCUCUGUCAGCCAGUUGUUAGGGUUUACAAGUGGGGAGAGUCCUGUUACGCUCAGGUCCUGCUUGCCAGCUUGCCCUCAAGGCAUCUGGUUGGCCAUUGUGAGAACAACUGAACUAGAUGUGCCCAUGGCUCAUAGCUGUCAAGUGUCCCUUAUUUGAAGGGACAGUCUCUUAUUCAAGUGCCAUGUCCCACUGCUGUCCCUUAUUGAUAGAUGUCCCUUAAAUGAUGUCCCUUAAAUUUCAAAGGAAGCAGCUCCUCUCCCUCUCUCCUUGCCAGCCAGGGAGGAGGGAGGCUCCAACUGUGUUGCUUGGCUGUGUUGCUCACCCAAUAAGAAGUCUAAGAACGACUGGGGGGGGGUGGAGCUUGCAUGCCUUGUGUGUGGCUAGUUAAUGCAAGCUGAGGGGGGUUUUGAAUGCUGGACGCCAUUUUGUUGCACGUGCUGCUGCAAACUUUGCAGUGCAAAGCCAGGCCCGGGAGCCAUCUUAAGUUGAGGCUGCAUAGGCCUUGUGGUGCAUGUGAUUCAGAUUCUAUUCAGUUGAACCUCUGGUUACAAAGUUGGUUGGACAGUGUUCUCGAAGCUACCAGCAUGAGUUUGACCAGACUUCAGGAGGACUCAGACUGGAGUGCCUGGAACAGGUGAGGCUGCAGGUCCCUUAUUUUGGCUGCUGGUCCCUUAUUUUCAAGGCUGCUGGUCCCUUAUUUUCAAAUCUGUAAGUUGACAGCUAUGCCAUGGCUUGAUCCAGCUGAGGGCCCUGAUGGUGUUUGUUUAAGGUAUUUAUAUGCCACUUAAUUACCAAAGUUUCUAAGUGGUGUACAUAAAAAUCAUUCUUUUCACACUCUAUUAGGAGGAGGAAGUAUAGGUUGCUCUCCCAUCAAAAGUAGCCCAGUACCUAGAUGCUUAGAAAUGUUCCCGUGAAUUUUAAUCUGUUUUAUAUUUGAACUUCUUGUAUGUUUUAAUGUAUUGUAAAUUUUCCCUGAUUUUAUGGAUUUAUCUUUUUGUAAACUGCUUUGAGUUUUUUAAAAAACAAAACAAAACAUGGAGCUCCAACUGAACUGGAUAGGCAGGAGGCAAACAAGACUGGAGAGUAAAAGUCCCAUCAGCAUGCCUAAGAGAGCAAGAAAUGAGGCCAUGGAAGAGAAAAGGGCAGCAGUCCUAGCAACCAAGAAAGCAAUAAGAGCACUAGGUGUUUCACUUGGGAAAGAAUCAUAAAAUUCUAGAAUUGGAAGGGACCCUCAGGGUCAUCUAGUCCAAUACAGAAAUUCUUUGCAGUUACUCGGAAUCAUAAAGGAAAAUUGACUAGACUUUGGCCCUGCAUAUAAUUUCCAAAGCAUGGCCAUUUAUGUCAUUAUUAUGACCUAAUCACGAUGUCUGUAAAAACUGGGCUGGCCCAUUGCCAGUUUGCUGCAAAAGUCAAAACAAACCAAGAACAUGAGAAGAGCCAUAAAACUGAAUGAGAUCAAAGGCCCGUUUAAGUCCUACUAUUCUCACAGUUGCCAAUCAAAUGCCUUUAAGAAGGCUGCAAGCAGGACCUGAGUACAAAAGCGCUCUCCCCAUUUGUGAUUCCCAGAACCUGGUAUUCAGAGGCAUUAUGCCUCUGAGAGUGGAGGUAAAACAUAGCUUUCAGGGUCAAUAGCCACUGCAAGCCUUAUCCGCCAUGAAUUGGUCUAAUCCUCUUCUAAAGCCGCCCAAGUUGGUGGCCAUCACUAUGUAUUCCAGGAAGUGAAUUCCAUAGUUUAGCAAGACGCUUGCUUACCCCUGCCCCAUCCACUCCACGGAAACUGAAUGGUGUGGCUGCUGAGUCUUAUUUGCGUGGCGAGUUCCCGCCCCCCACCAGGAUAAAUAAAGACACAAGACACCAUAAUUUAAGGUUAAAUGGGCGAACUUUAUUGAAUUCAGGAAUGAGAGGCAUUGGCUUAGGCAUUGGUCCUAUCGACUAUCCGGCUCCAGCCCAUUUGCUGGAGACACGGGAAGGGUUAAUAGAGGGAGUCUCCUGCUGAGGCAUGUCAACUAGGAGCUCCCCCGGGUCACCGCUCGGGGGCGUGCCUUUGGCCCACACCUCCAUAGGCUUCGGACAGGGCCACGCCCCCCCCAGAGUCCUUUAUCGGACCUGGGCAGGCCGGAAGUGGCUUUCCACUCUAGUGACUGGAUAGUGCUUGCCUGAAGACAGCAGGCUAGUUGGAGGGGGAGACAGGGAGAGAGACAGGCUGAGUAACAUACAAAACUCUGUCCUCCAACGGGGGUAAUAGAGUGGCAAGGGUGGGAGGCUUAGGAGGAACAGCCGGGGGACUGCUGCUGCUGCUGCCCCCCAAAAGCACAUUCACCGCCUCAAGAAUAGUGCAAACUGUAGUUUACUCCUCACAGAGUUAUAGUUGCUAGUUCCCUUAACAAACUACAAUUCACAGGAUUCUUUUUCGGGGGGGGACGGGACGGGACGGGACGGGGGGGACAUACUUUAAAUGCAGGGUGUUAUGUACAGCCGUCACCUCAGCGUUUAGUGUAUUGUGGGUGGUUAACAUGGGUUUUGCAGUUUUGUCAUGGUGUGCAUAUUUGAAAUGGCCUUUUGGGCUAGCUCAGGCAUUCAGGAUCAUCUCUUGAGAGUACUACUGAAGUCAAGUGGAUCUGUUGCUCUUUUCAUUCCCUUUGCCGAAGUAUUUCCAUUAAGGCUUGCAGGGUCGAUUUCCAUGUCCUUGUUCAAAGGAAUCCCAUGAAUGAUUGACUUAGAGUUACUGUCUUUCUUUUCCUCCUCCUGUAGAAAUUGAGUUUUAGCAUGUUCUCUUUCUCUGUGUGCCCUUUUAAAGCCAUCAAAAGAUGUACACCUCCUAAUGGCUGUAGAAAAAACUAAUGAGCGCCAUUACCCUGUCAUUAAGGCUGCUGUCCUACAAAUAUUUACUAGAGAGUAAGCUCCAUUAAACACAGUAGGACUUACUUCCACAUAGUAAUGGUGAACAAGCUUAAUUCAAUUUGCAAUCGCAGGCAAACUUACUUUGCACUUUUGGAAACCGUAUGAGAACUAAAAUUCACCCUUCAAAAUUUGCCUUUAUCCAAAUUUUGCUACACAGUCAACAGCCACAUAAUGUGUACAAAAAUGCAUAUAAAUGUGCAUAUAAGUGCAUAUAAUAGUGAAAAUCACAUUCCAAAAUGCAUUGUGUUACAGAAAAUUGUGUAAGGCAAAAUAGCAUGUUAAAAUGUGUAGGGAGCAGGGAGAAAUUCACACAAAAAUGCUGAGGAAUUUUCAAGAGAACUUAAAGAGAUCAGAAAAAAAAGUUUCAAACUCAUGCGGAAAUGUAGCAAACAACUUAAGUUUGGAAAAGUGCGAAACUGAAAGAAACCAAAAUUGGCAUAUUUGCCCAUCCCUGCUUUCAAGUCAGCAUGCAUAGGAUUUUGCUGUGAAUAUCAUUUUCAGAACACAAAACGCAGCUGGAAAGUUAAUAGCAAGUCCUGUUUUCACAAAGGGCUGGACAGAGUAACAGACUGGAAAGUGGAAAUGUUUAUCUUAGUCAUUUAUUUUCCUUUUUGAGGAACGGGAAACGGGUAACGGGAAAAUAAAAGUCAUAUACAAUGACUCACAAGCUCUUUUCUUUUUUAUUCCUUCCUAGGAAGGUGAGCAUAGGACUGUUUCCAAAGUUGAAAAGUUGGAGAAGUUCAUUUAUAUAUAAGCUUCGCCCUACCAUUAGGCAAAGUGAGGCACCUGCCUCAGGCAGCAGCAGGUGUUGAGGUACAAGGGUAGCAGUCCUCUGGCUGUUCUUCCUAAGCCUCCCACCCUUGCCACUCUAUUCCCACUAUUGGAGGUUAGAGUUUUGUUUGCUACACAGCCUGUCUCUCUCCCUGUAUCCACCUCCAACUAGCCUGCUGUCUUCAAGUGAGCACUAUCCAGUCACCAGAGCAGAAAUAAGACUCAGCAGCCAUACCAUUCCGUGGAGUAGAUGGGGUAGGAGUAAGCAGAUGUCUUGCGAAAUUAUGGAAUUCACUCUAGAAUACAUUUCUUGGCCAAACCAUCCUUCAAAUGGAAUAACCCAAAGUUAAGGAUUGUGUUGGCAGCAAUAUGCAGGUAUCACACAGCUGUGUGUUUCUCCUUUUACAUCUGCAGGUGUGGCAGCAGAUGUGCUCGCUUUAUGUCUGGCCUCAGUAAUGGACUGGAUGAGAGCCAAUACAUGAAAAAUUAAGGCAGAUAAAACUAAGGCAUGUUUAGUGGGUGGUUCCCUGGACCAGAUGGGUAGAAUGCUGGUUGCACUGGGUGGGGUUACCCUCUCUCUGAACGAGCAGGUGCAUAGUUUGGGGGUUUGCAUUGGAUCCACUCCUAUCAUCUGAGGCUCAAGUGGCCUUGAUGGUGCCUUCUAUCAGCCUUGGCUGGUAGCCUAGCUAUGCCCUUCUCUGGACAAAGGCAGCCUAAGUUGUGCAGUGCUGGGCCUGCUGACUUAUUGUUAUUUUACCCUCUCCUGUUCUAGGCACAAUGACUUACCUUGGCAGUUGCUGAAAAAAUUCAACAACCAACUGUCUCUGAAGUCUGCAAAUCUGACCAUGCUGAAUGACACUCACACGAACAUCCCAAAGCUGCGUCUUGGACACGUGGGAGCACAGGUAUAAACAGUGGGGAAGAGACAGAAAAAUAGAACAGGUGAAAUGUGCACUUCUGUCAAACCAUUUGAUUAUUCGGACACUUGGCAAGUUUCCAACCCCUACAGGUUAUUUUUCAGAGAAAAAUAUUUGGUAAUGCAUUUGUGUUUUCCCAUGUGCCACAAUAUCACAUCAGUACAGCAAGUAUACCACUAAGUGGCUAACUUAAUGCUACGUUGGUUGUGUUCAGGCUCUUUCCCAGCUGCCAGGUGGCACGGGUGGCGCUGUGAUCUAAAGUACUGAGUCUCUUGGGCUUGCUGAUCAGGAGGUCAUGGUUUGAAUCCACACAACGGGGUGAGCUCCCUUUGCUUUGUCCCAGCUUCUGCCAACCUAGCAAUUUGAAAGCAUACCAGUGCAAGUAGAUAAAUAGGUACUCCUAUGGUGGGAAGGUAAACAGCGUUUCCAUGCGCUCUGGCGUCUACCGUCAUGUGAUAGACAACAAUCCCAUGACUGCAAUCACGGAGCAGGAAUUCUAACAGCCACAUGACCCGGGAAGCUGUCAGUGGACAAAUGCCAGCUCCCUCAGCCUGAAGCGAGAUGAGCACCGCAACCCCAUAGUCGCCUUUGACUGGACUUAACCAUCCAGGGGUCCUUUACCUUUACCUUUAGAGUAUGAGAGACCCAUUCUGUGGAAGAUGAAACGCCACUAUAUGCUCCCUUUCUUACCACAAACAACACACAGAACUUCCUGUCCCUACACUCAGUGCAAAACCGUACGUGGACUAAGCGAUUGGAGCAAGCAUUGUCUUGUCAAGAUUCUACAGACUGGUUCUCCCUCACCAGAAGUUAGAAUGUUUGCUGAUGUUCCAUGGCAUCCCAGCAGCUCAUUCCAUGGUUGGGGGGGGGGGAGUGUGCAUGAAAGAGGCAGUUUUCCUAGCCCUUGGAAACCUUCCUUUUUGCUUUCCUCUCUCCUUGUUCAGUUCUGGGCUGCCUAUGUGCCCUGCGAAACCCAGAACAAAGAUGCUGUCAAGAGAACCUUAGAGCAGAUUGACGUCAUCCAUCGCAUGUGUCACCACUACCCGGAUGACUUUGAGUGUGUCACUAGCAGUGCAGGUAAGAGAGGAAAACAACCUAGACAGGAGAGCUUCUCCCAGGCUGGAGAUGGGUAGCCCAGGAUGGGAACACAUUCAUUCAGCCUGACCUGCAACAAUUCAACACAGGGCAAGACCUUGACAAAAGUGAGAAGUCCCAGGGCAGGGAGGCUGGCUGCUGCCCCAUUCCUAUCUGUGAUGGAGCAGGAAGGCCAGUGGGGCUGCAGGAUUCAAUUGAACACAGGCUACCACUCAUAGUAGGGACAAUUUCAGCAGGUGCCACAUUCCCCAUGGUUGUGCUUUGGUGGUGGGAGAAUCAUAGAAUCACAGAAUUGCAGCGUUGGAAGGGGCCCAUAGGGUCAGCUGGUACAACCUCUGCAAAGGAUUCUCCCUGAGGAACCUCCUGCCAAUAGAGAUUCAUCAGGUGUGCUAUGUACCAGCUUUUAAACGGCUGCUGAAAACUAUGCAGGCAAUUAAGCGUACAUUCCCAACAAUGGUCUAUGGAUUCCCCCCCGCCUAUUUUUAUUUUUGCUUUUAACUUGCUUUUAACUUUUUAUGAUGUUAUUGAUUGGUUUUAUGUUUUUAUAUUGUUGUAUACUGAUGUGAUAUAUUUUAGUGAUGCAGCCGUAUAUAAUUUUUUAAUAAAUAAAGCAAGAAUCACAGCUUAAGAAUUUCUGACAGAUGGCUAUCCAACCUCUGUUUAAAAACCUCCUGCAAAGGAGAGUCCACUGCCUUCCAAGGUAGUCCAUUCAGCUGUCAAAUAGCUCUUACCAUCAAAAGAGUCUUCCUCAUGUCAGAAUCUCCUUUCUUGUACUUUGAAUCUACCCUCUGGAGCAGCAGAAAACAAGAUUGCUCCAUCUUCCACGUGACAGCCCUCUUAGUCUCCUUUUCCCCCAGGCUAAACAUACCCAGCUCCUUCAGCCAUUCCCCAUAUGGUUUGCUUUCCUGACCCUUGAUCAUCUUGGUCAUCCUUCUCUGCACACAUUCCAGCUUGUCAAUGUGCUUCUUAAACUGUGGUGCCCAGGACUGGACACAGAAGCAGCCCCUGCCAAAAUUCUCCCUACUAUUGAAGAGAUUAUAUUCCCAUUGAAUCCCACAAUGGGUUACUUGGUGAUAAGGGGCUGAUUUAGAGUGCCUCCGCCUCCCACACCUGUCCUGACCCCACCCUCUGCAGAUUCCUCAUAUCUUGUUUGAUGUUAGAAGCCCACAGGAGAUGUUUUCUUUGCAGGUAUCCAGAAUGCUUUCACCAAUGGACGGGUGGCCAGUCUGAUUGGUGUGGAGGGUGGGCACUCGAUAGACAGCAGCAUGGCUGUCCUGCGCACCUUCUACCAGCUGGGGGUGCGCUACAUGACCCUCACCCACAGCUGCAACACACCCUGGUAAGGCUGCCUUUGCUAGAGGCAGGGCAUAGUCUGCUUUCAGUAUCAGGGUCCAGCCCCAGAGCACUGGGCAAGUACGUCUGAGCAAACACAGAAUGCAGUUUCUUUAUAUUUUUAUCAGAAUAUUUAUUUACCACUAUUCAUAGAAAUACAGUCGUACCGAAUGCCUUGGGAGUCAAACAUUCUGGCUCCUGAAGUGAGUGUUCCAGUUUUCGAACGCUCUUUUGGAAGCCGAAUGUCCAGUGGGGCUUCCACAGCUUCCGAUUGGCUGCAGGAUCUUCCUGCAGCCAAUCAGAAGCCACGCUUGGGUUUCCAAACGUUUUGGAAGUCGAAUGGACUUCCAUAAAAGAUUCUGUUUGACUUCCAAGGUAUGACUCUAUAUCAAAGCGAUUUACAACAUUACAUUGUAAUGCAAUAAAAUAAUUAUUGGACUAAAGGCUAAACGUAGCCUUUCUCCUGCUCUGUGUUUCUGUUUUAGUCUUGUGGUUUAGAGGAGAUGUUUUAGGUGAAUGUAAUUUUAUUUGAAGACAGAAAGGGGAUAUUUGGGAUUAUGCACCUAUCUACAUGCAUCCCUUAUGCACAUGCGUAAAAGAUAGUGUGUAUUAACCAAAACUUUUAUAACUUUCUGCAGGGCUGAUAACUGGCUGGUGGACACCCCGGAGGAGGAACCAGUUCACAAUGGCUUGACUGAAUUUGGGAAGGUGAGUGGAAGCUCUCUAGCAAGUUUUGAUGAAAAUAUAUGACAUUCCUCCGUCUGACUCUCGGUCUGAGUCUGUUUUUUCAGCCCUGCUGGGAGAUGCUAGGGAUUGGACCUUCUGCAUUCAAAGCAGAUACUCUGCCACUGAGCUGUGGUCCCUCCUGUUUGCUCAGGUUCAACUCCCAAUGUGACAACUGUAUGAGCCCCUAUCACGCUUUAGCAAGCUGCUACCCCCCCCCCCAAAUAGCCUGGUUUAGCUAAGGAUAGGAAGAAAGUGGAUAUGCUUUGAGUGAUAUCAUCAUCGUCAUAGAACCACAGAACUGGAGAGUUGUAAAGGAGGCCAACAAUAAUCAAGGCCAAUUCAGGAAUCAGAGGUAAAGAAUCCCUGACCACCCAAUCUCUGUUUGAAAAUUUCUUCUGAGGCAAUCUACUCCCCUGUUGGGCAUUGGCUCCUCCUCCUCCUCCUCCUCCUCCUCCUCCUCUUCUUCUUCUUCUUCCUCAUCACCUGUCCUUCACCAUCAGAUCCCAGCGUAGGGUGAAACAAUUUAAAAUUCAGAAUUAAAAAGUUAAAACAGGCUACAUUAACAAGAAUAGAGUGGGCCCUGAAAAUGCACAGCUCAGUUGUCAAAGAUGUACGUCUUCAGCAUUUGCCGAAAGCUGCAUAGUGAGUAAGCCAGACACAUCUCCGUGGGGAAGGAAUUCUACAACUUAGGGCAGUGAUUCCCAAUUAGCUAAUUACUUAGGACCCCCAAUUUUUCAAAAGCCACGGACCCUCUACUUUUGAAAUUUUUGAUAACUGUAUAGUAGUUACCUGUGCAAAGCAAUUUUUUGGAAGAAAAUGUGAGGUGACCCCUAAUAAGCAAAGGAUUUUAGUUAGGGUUGCCAUAUUUCAAAAAGUAAAAUUCCUGACACCCGCAAAGUUGUUCACCUUUCUUUUCAGAAACCCACCAAAAUUGUUAAGCUUUUUGGGGGGAACCUCCCCCCCAAAAGAGUGAUUUUAAGCUUAACAAUCUACUCAGUGAGCAUCUAUCUCUUGGUAAGUGACAGUUUGAAGGGUUUGUCCUCAUAUACUGUAGCUGCUUGUUAAACUCCCCUCUCCUCUUGAUCAUAAAACUUCAGGAAAUACAAAAAGACCCACUGGUUACUCUGCACCCAAUUUCUCUCUCUCUCUCCACCCCUUGCCUUGUUUUUCCUCCCUCAAAGCGCUUGGUCAGGGAAAUGAACCGUCUGGGAAUGAUGGUGGAUUUGGCUCACGUCUCUGUGAAGACAAUGAAAGACGCUUUGAAUGUCUCCAGAGCACCUGUGAUAUUCAGCCACUCCUCAGCCUAUGCCAUCUGCAAACACCGGCGCAAUGUGCCAGAUGAUGUCCUCCGUGAAGUGGUGAGAAAGACUAUGAUGUGUGUUGCAAGGUAACCUGUGUCAUCCUGGUUCCCUCCAACUGUUUUGGGGUAUAGUUACAAUUCCCAUCAGCUCCUGCCCAAAGAACUAAUGCCUGAGCUUGCCUUUUUCCUCCUCCCCCCACAGUGCCUUUUCCUUUUGUGUCAUGACUCUUAGACAGCACAAAAUGGGUGGUAGUUGUAGUCCUAAAUAUCUGGAGGGUACCAGGGUGGUGCAGACUGCUAUAAAGUGACCUUGUACCAGAGAUGUGAGUAGGGCAAGACUUAAGGAUAUGAGGCAGCACCAAGGUCCCCAUGGCAGCCAUUUUGUGUUAUGCCACACCACGCAAUGGCAGCCAUUUUGUGACUGGCGCUCCCGACUUUCUCUCAAAAUUCCAACUGUAUCCACUGGUCCAAAUAGGUUAGCGGUCCCUGGUUUAAAUAAUAGCAGCAGCAAACUUACACACAUAAUAUUGCUCAAAUGGGGGAGCAACCUUGGGGCAAUUAGGGGUGGAUUUCUGUUCCAUUUGGUUAGAAUGAAUGAAUUCCAAGCCCAGGAAUUUGUUUUUUGCAUACCAGAAGUAAUUCCUGGGCCUGGGCUUCCUUAAUUCUAAGUGGCCUGUAUUUUGCACAUGGCUCUGCUUGGUGGAUCUUGGAGGUUCUCAUAAAAAACAUCACCCCCAAAGUGGAUCCCACAAACCAUAAGCCUGCCCAGUCCUGUCUUAGAGUGCCAGUUUCUUCCCAGGAAUAUGCUUUCUCUGAAAUGGCUCCCCUGCUUACCUUCUACAGAACAAGACCCGUGGCCUUGUGAUGGUGAACUUCUACAACACCUAUGUGUCCUGUAGCUCCAAAGCCAACCUUACACAGGUUGCAGGUGAGGCAGAGAGGGUGGGGCUAGGGCACACCUGAGGAGGUGGGGUGGGAGGGAUCAAAGCACACAAAAACAGUGAGGGUGUUGACCUCCCAGACUUCUUGCCCACAGACCACAUGGACUACGUAAAGCGUGUUGCUGGACCAGAGGCAGUUGGCUUUGGAGGAGACUAUGAUGGUGUUCCCAGGUAUCAACGGAAAGGAGGGGAGGAGAUAGAAGGGUAUAUCAGAUACCCCAGAUAUGUCCAUUUUUGAGUCUGUCAGGCUGGCUUGGGCGGAAUCAAUCCAAAGCCUGGCCAUAGUAGAUAUUCAUGCCUCACCCAUCAGAGUUCACUUGACCACUUGGAGACCAUAAGUAACUGACUAGUGACCCCCCCCCCCGCAAGUUAAUUUUAAAAUGUACUCAGCCCCCUUUUUGUUACAGUGACGCUUGUGGGGCGACACAAUGGUCCCAGAUAUUGAAGGUCCACAUUUUGCAUAAUUAUAGAUCACAGAAUUGGGAGGUCUCUCAAAGAUCAUGUAGCCCAAUCCCAUCAGUGAUCCACUCAUUUUAUUAAUUUUACAAUUGCCAUUAUGGAUUUAUUAUUUUUCAACUCUGUCUCUUUUGUAUUUCAUCUCAUUUUCUUGUAUUGUACACCACUUUGGCUGUGAGAUGAUUUAUAAAUAGAGAGAAUAAAAUAAGGGCACUUGGGAGCAUGAAGGCUGUAAUGCUUGCAUGUCUAUUACAGUGGUACCUCGGUUUAAGAACUUAAUUCAUUCUGGAGGUCCGUUCAUAACCUGAAACUGUUCUUAACCUGAAGCACCACUUUAGCUUAUGGGGCCUCCCGCUGCAGCUGUGCCACCGGAGCACUGUUCUCAUCCUGAAGCAAAGUUCUUAACCCGAGGUACUAUUUUUGGGUUAGCGGAGUCUGUAACCUGAAGCGUCUGUAACCUGAAGCGUAUGUAACCCGAGGUACCACUGUAUAUGCAUAUGUGGCUCCACCUAAACUAUCUCAGAGAUACAACCCAAGAGCCAAGGGAUUCCCCGAGGUGUCUCUUGUUGGCUUCUUGAACCCUGACCAAGGGUAUACAGCCGAUCAAGGUGCAUGAGCCAUCAAAGAGAAGCUACGGAGCUGACCCUUCUAGAUGCAGCCCCAUCUUGAAGCUUCCCUCCUGUUGGGGUAAAAUGAGGAGAUUUUGCCGGGUGCGGGGGACUCUUGACUCUCAUUUCUUGGAUUUGUUCCGGCAUUCUUUGGCCCACACAGUGUCCCAGAUGGUUUGGAAAAUGUCUCCAAAUACCCAGACUUAGUUGCAGAGCUUCUGAGGAGGAACUGGACAGAGAAGGAAGUGAGAGACGCCCUGACCAACAACCUGCUGCGGGUCUUUGAGAGUGUGGAGCAGGUGAGACUGCCAAGACCAGUAAGGCUCUGUCUGCAGAAGGGUUGGGAGGGGGACACAGAGAGCCUCGGAUAAUGCUUUGCACUGCUAGGAUUGUUCCCCUCUUGGCCCUGUCUCUUCCCUUAUUUAUGCUAACCCCCUGCCCAAGACAUUUUGUUAUCUGAAGAUGGCUCACACCCCAUCUAUUCCACACGGCAGCAGUCAACCAGAAUGGCAGCUGGAUCUUCAACACUAGCAGGGAGACACUGCAAGUGAGGGGAGAAAGACCUGGAAUCUUGGAAAGCCACUGACAGUCAGUGUUGACAAUACUGAGCUAGAUGGACCAAUGGAUCUGCCGCAGUAAUGGCUCCUUCCUUUGAAUGCAAGACCAUCCCAUUUCAGAAUAGCUUUUUUUGUAAGAAGUGGUACAGCAUCUGCCUGGCAGGCAGAAGGUCCCAGGUUCAAUCCCUGGGAAGGACUCCCUGCCUGAAACGCUGGAAAGUGCUGCCAGUCAGUGUAGACAGUCCUAGACCAAAUGGACUAAUGGUCUGACUCAGUAUAAGGCAACGUGCAACGGGAUGAAUAUAAUGCUAGUCUUGCUGAGAGUAGACCCACUGAAGGUAAUGAAUAUGAACAGCUCAGGUUUAUUGAUUUUGGUUGAUCUAUUGUGAGUAGAGCAAACAUUGACUGCUACUCUAACUGAACUUUCUUUCCCACUAGGUGCGGGACGCAAUGGCCCAUGAAAAAAUAGUUCCUGAUGAUGGACCCAUCGACUUUAAGAACUUGGAGGGGACAUGCCGAACAGACUAUGGGUACCCUAGCAAUGGGGACCAUCCCAAAAUGCUGCCUGCUGUGCUUGCACUCCCUGUCCUCCUCGUGUUGCGCUGGUAGAAGUUCCAGCACCUCCCUUGUCUUGGUGACCUCAUGGAAUCUGACUGGUUGAAAGUUCACACCAGAGAUCAGGCUCUUGCUGCAUCCCUCCUACCACAAACCAGGCUGCGCCCUUGCCCAAACGCUUUAGGAAAUUCAACUGAACUAUCGAUGAAUGCGUUUCCAGCUGUUCCCCCCUGUCUGGUAGCUUUGGCCCCAGUUCCUCCAACCCCAAUAACUGAAAAGCAAAGGGCACGAUGCUCAUCAAACCCAUGGCAACCAAGCUGGACUCAUCAGCUUCACAGACCUUCCAAAGUGUGGCUUCCAAGAACACUGAGGACCGAGUUACCUAUCAGUCCCAUCCAACCUGGUCAAUGGCCAGAGUUGGUAGCUGCAGUCCAGCAAAUAAACAAGAGGCCAUCACAACAGCUACCCUACCUUUGUAUGUCCUUUAUAGGACACAGGUCCUGCUUGCAGGCUUCCCUUGGGCAUCUGGAGCUAUAGUUCAGUGGUAGGACAACUUGCUUUGCAUGCGGAAGGUCCCAGGUUCAAUCCCCAACAUCUCCAGGUAGGGCUGGGGAGAACUCUGUCUGAUAUCCUGGAAAGCUGCUGCCAGUCAGCGUGGGCAAUACUGAGCUAGAUGGGCCAGUGGUUUGACAGCUUCCAAUGCCCUAUGGCUGGCCACUGAGCAAACAGGCUGCUGGACUGGACUGGGCUGCUUUGGCCUGAUCCAGCAGAGCUCUUCUGACAUUCUUGCAUCCUCUCCCAACAGUCCAGCAAGACGUUUCCUCCUUUCUGGAGUCAUUCAUGAGCAACCUUUAAUCCAGCACUCUCCUGCUCUUUCCCCUUCUAUCCUCACUGUGCUUAAGUACUGGUGGGGGACCCCCUCACAUGUUCUGUACUGCUGUAGUGCCAAGCACACUCCUAGGUCUAAGUAAAAGUUUAACUGCAGUUCAAAGGAGACCAGCUGCCUUUCUCUUUAGAGUUGAAU